CCGGGCCUUCCGGGGCCCGAUUCGAUCUGCCCAAAUCGGGUCGGGUACGGAGGGUUCAUGUAUUUGAUCACGCCUUUGUACCAAACAACCACAGUUUAGGAGGAGCAAAGAGAAAUUGGCAGUUGAACCCUAGAGAGAGAAACAGAGAGAGAGAAAGAGGAACGAUGGUGUUCUACUUCAAGGCGCGACCGGAGGAAGGAGACUACACCAUAUUCAUGGGGCUCGACAAAUAUGAGAACGAGGAGCUCAUCAAAUACGGCUUCCCCGAAGAUGUCUGGUUCCAUGUGGAUAAAAUGUCUUCGGCCCAUGUGUAUUUGAGACUGAACAAAGGUCAAUCCGUCGAUGAUAUACCCGAAGGCGUGUUGGAAGAUUGCGCCCAACUUGUUAAAGCAAAUUCGAUUCAAGGAAAUAAGGUAAAUAACAUCGAUGUCGUUUACACUCCAUGGGCAAAUCUUAAGAAGACUGCCUCGAUGGAUGUCGGGCAAGUUGGUUUCCACAGUUCAAAAAUGGUACGUACUGUGAAAGUGGAAAAGCGAAUAAACGAGAUUAUUAAUCGCCUGAACAAGACAAAGGUCGAAAGAACGCCGGAUUUGAAAGCCGAACGAGAGGCGGUUAAUGCAGCUGAAAGGGCCGAGAGAAAACAACAUCUCCGGGAAAAAAAACGGCGCGAGGAAUUGGAAAAGCUCGAAAAGGAGAGGCAAGCUGAGCUACGGAGCUACAAACAUUUGAUGGUAGCCGACAAAAUGACAUCUAACAAAGACGUAGCUUCUACCACCAAAUCCUUGCAAGAACUCGAGGAAGAUUUCAUGUGAAUAUGUAAGAUCAUCCGAUCGUCUGUCUCAAAUGUUCUUCCGGUAAGACUUCUAUCCACAGGGUAGGGAGUCACCGGCGAGAAGAUUGAGACCGAUCCGGUCGGGAAUUAUGUGUUUGUAAUGUCUUGGUCUUCUUCUUAUUGUAAACUAACACAUUACCCGAAUACCCUUUGCUCUUGAAGAUUCAUUUCAUGGAACUUCUCGAGCAAAGAAUUGAUGUUGGGGAUAUGUGUUUUUUGUAUCAUCAAACUUGGACAACGAUGAUUGUGAUUAAUAUUGGCUCUAAUUUUGUUCA